GAGGAUAACGUGCCUAUUCGCCCCCAUAGUGCGACUUCUCGAUUAGCAACAGACUCAUGCUUGUCACUAUGAUGAUUUUCACUAAGGUGGUUUUUGACAUUAGGCCAACGCUGUAAAACUGAAGAGAUAAGUCGCCCUUUUUGCUGAUUCAAUAUGCCAUGAAUAUGCCAAGUGUCAAAACAUUUUUUACAUCUUAUUUGCAUGUCAAACGUUAUUCGAAUGUUUUGGUGCAAAUGCAAGUGACCAUAGGAGCUCGCAAUGACCCCUGGGUAAAACGAGUUUGGGCCCAGACAACUUCGUAGUCGCUAAAAAUAAUCUGGAGAAUUUCUCGAUUUUCCUGUAACUUCCGGUCUGAGGAAAUUUAGAAAAAAACGAAGGCCGAAAAAAAAUGUGUCAGACAUUCAAAUGUUAAUUUUUCCCCCAUUCCUAAGUGUAGUCAAUGUUGAUCAUCAUUGCCAAGUCUCACUCGACCUACUGUGAGAGAAUUCGUCCUUAGGAACGAAGACCGGGACAUAGAUUUUCCCCAUCAAAUAGGUCUACUAAGUAGAAAUGAGUUCCACGCGAUGCAUUUUGUUGGUAUUCAUGAUUCUGAUUCUCAGUGCUUUCAUUCUGUCCUACUUCAAGGACGUGAUUCACGUGGAUAUCGACAGGAGCCCAUCAAGUCACAAGCGGUCUGCUUCAGCUCCGUUUCCAGACGACCAGUUUGACAGAAUAUUUUGGUUUAUUCAGAUCACUGAUAUCCACAUAAGCAAAUUCUAUGACAAAGAAAGAACGAACCAACUUCGCAAAUUUUGCAACAAUUACCUUGACACGUUAAAGCCAGAUCUUGUGCUAGUUACGGGUGACCUGACUGAUGCCAAACAUGCAAACACUCAGGGUUCUGAACAAUUUCUUGAGGAGUGGGUAACGUACUGGAAUAUCCUGCAGGAAUCUAACGCACUGAAGAAAACCCUCUGGCUUGAUGUGCGAGGAAACCACGAUUCUUUCAAUAUACCAUACAUUGAUCACAAGGACAAUUAUUACAAUCAGUAUUCUAAUCAAGGGCGUAAACAUAAAACUUCCUAUCAUUAUAUCCACAAAAAGCCAUAUGGACAGUAUUCCUUCAUUGCUGCUGAUGCCUGUCCUGAUCCCGGGCCGAAAAGGCCGUUCAACUUCUUCGGUGUCCUGAGUGAGCCUCGAUUGAAAGUAUUACAAGGAUUCAGACAAAGGGCAUCCUCAAGUAAUACUACCAUAUGGAUGGGACACUACCCAUCGUCUCUGAUAGUCACACCGGAACCUGGAUUCAGAGAUCUAAUCAGCUCUGGUUCUGCGUAUCUGUGCGGACAUCUUCAUACACUAGGAGGUGUUAUGCCUCAAAUGUUUACCAUGCAUAAAGAGGGAAAUCUUGAGUUGGAGUUGGGCGAUUGGAGAGACAACAGAAUUUACCGUGUAAUGGCCAUCGAUCAUGAUCUACUCUCCUUCAUCGAUGUAACGUUUGGGCAGUGGCCCAUCAUCUUGGUCACAAAUCCUAAAAAUGCAGCUUUUGUUGUUCCUCAUCAUGAACCGACUGGUAGGAUGCUUAGGUCAUCUUUCAUCAGAACUCUGGUUUGGUCUGACAGUGAAAUUGAAAAGGUGGACAUCUCAAUUAAUGGUCAACACCAUGGCCAGGCUCGGCAUGUCAAAGGCCCACUCUAUGUUCUUGAGUGGAAUCCAAGCAUGUUUAGUGAAGGUCUCCAUGCCCUGUCUGUCACGGCUCUUGAUGUUAAUGGGAAGAAGCAAACUGUAGAUCAACAAUUUUCUCUCGAUAACACUGAUGUUGGAUUUAGACUGCUUCCCAGAGUUUUGCUAAUGAGUGAUGUCUCUUUUGUGGUGAAAUAUGUGUUUGUUGCUGUUUGGCUGCUGGCUGUAGUUCCCCUCAUACUCUUCAGAGUUUUGGGGAAGAUUUCAGGUAAUAUAAGACGAUACUCGGUGGCUUAUUUUGCUAUGAUUGUCUUUCGUCUGGCUAUUCUUAUGGAAUUUAUGGAAAGAAAACGAGUGCCAAUGCAGUAUUCUGGUUCAUUGGUGCGCUUCGUCAAGACAGUGCUCAACCGUACACACCUGAUAGCUAACACAAACUGCCUCUUUUAUCCACUCGUGCUACAUGCUGUAUAUCUCGCUGUUGGUCCAUGGUUCAUUGGUUAUGUUCUUGAUGAUUACAUCGGUGUCUGCUUCGUGUAUGGUAUCUACGUGAAGGGUCAGAUUCUUCCCAUGUACAUAACAUAUGUUGUUGGUAUCGUACAGCUGUUAACUUUCAAUAUUCCUCUCACCCACUACCUUGGCUACUGCCUGGACUACAGGUUGACAAGAGUGGAGAAAGACCAUGUAGUGGGCAAAAACCUAUUUACAACAUGCCUACUUUCAUUCCACUAUCAUUGGGCUUUCUACCUUAUAAUUGGUUUUGAGACAUUCCUUGCAGUUCAUGGAUUCUAUCUUGCUUAUGGAACAAUUGCAUUUUUGAUAGGGCCAGUGCGUACAUGGUCAGUGUUUUUUGCUUUAUAUUUGCGGUGGAAGGUGAUGAGGGUUACCAAAGAUUUACAUGGUCAAUCUGUGACGAAUGGUACUGCUGAGAGCUGCCGAUAAUGCAUGGAGUAUUAGGACUGAUUCGUCUUAUUCUCAUUAUAAUAGUGUAUGAAACAUCUUAUUGGAUGAUAAGUGUUGAAAAUCUCAGUGAUAUUUUGUUCAAGUUCAUGUGUCUCUCUGUAUGAAUGUAUUAUGAAUGUGUACAUUUAUGCAAAUGCUGUUACCGUCAUCUUUUGUGUCGUAAGUAUAAGACCAUGUCCAAGCAUAAUAUACAUGUAGAUGUUACACACAAUUGAACGAUCGGUUUCAUCUUUGUAGUGUCAAAUAGCACACGUAUGCAUAGGGGGCUGAUACAUAGCUAGACCAUACAUGUAGACCAGAUUCUUGAGUGUGUUCUGGCAUUUACCCAGCUGAGAUAGCUGAAAAUGAUGUAUGUAGAAUAUUUAUAUAGUUCAUAAGCAUGUUGCAUGCCAAUUCGACACUGCUUUGGACUAUAUAUAGAUUUUAUUCGUAACAAGUAGUCACAGUGUAGUAAUCGUGUGCUUAAAUAUACAUGUGCAUGUGCAUAUUGUGAAUACAUUCUGACUUGGGCCCUGGUGUGUGAUGUUGGUUGUGUGGCUUGUCAUCAUUUGGUUGCUGAGAUUAUGCGAGAUACAUGUACAUGUAUGCUUCUUGUGCUUGAUAAUGAUUUUGAUAGCAAUAAAUGGUAUUUAUGAA